UUGCAGGAGAACAGCCAGUGAAAGUUUAGGGGAUGAGCAACAGCCUAGAGAAGCAGGGAUUCACACUUCGGAGGAGUAUUCUACUGUGAAAUUUGCACUCGCAGCAAAAGCCAUAAAAUCUGAGCCUCUGUCAUUAUGCUGGCUCUCUGGUCUAUAUCAUUUGUACUACUGUGCUCUUGGAGGCUAAGCUACGCACAGUAUGAGCACUUGGGUUUCGCUAUAGCCUACCAGGAGCCCGAACAAGACCUUUACACUCCUCCAGAGCUUCCUGCAGAUACUCCCAGGAUACAGUUACGUCUGGCAGGAGAGAAGCGCAAGCCCAAUGAAGGGCGCGUUGAGGUCUUCUAUGAAGGGGAGUGGGGGACCGUAUGCGAUGAUGAUUUCACCAUUCACGCAGCCCAAGUUAUAUGCAGAGAACUGGGCUAUUUUGAAGCAAUAUCCUGGUCUCCAUCAUCUAAAUAUGGGAAGGGAGAAGGUCGUAUCUGGUUUGAUAAUGUCCACUGUAAGGGAAAGGAGAAAACCUUGGCUCAGUGUGAGUCUAAUGGCAUUGGUGUGUCUGAUUGCAAACAUUCUGAGGAUGUCGGAGUCGUUUGCAGUGACAAGAGAAUCCCAGGAUUCAAGUUUAUUAACACCCUGACCAACAACAUCAAUAGCCUGAACAUUCAGGUGGAGGAUGUUCGUAUCCGCCCUAUCCUGGCAUCAUAUCGGAAGCGCAUCCCAGUGACAGAAGGCUACGUGGAGGUGAAGGAUGGAGGAAAGUGGAAGCAGAUCUGUGAUGAUGAGUGGACUCAGAUGAACAGCAGGGUCAUCUGUGGCAUGUUUGGGUUUCCAGGACAGAAGAGAUACAAUACCCGGGUGUACAAGAUGUUUGCCCGCAGGAGAAAGCCAUCAUACUGGGAUUAUACCAUAAACUGUACUGGAAAGGAAGCUCAUUUGUCUAGCUGUACACUGGGCCACACGCUCAGCAACAGCACAUGUGAGGAGGGCACGCCGGUGGUAGUCAGCUGCAUCCCUGGCAGAGCUUUUGCCCCGACUCCCAUGACAGGAUACAAGAAAGCCUUCAGACAGGAGCAACCCCUGGUGCGUCUCAGAGGUGGUGCUGUUGUUGGAGAGGGGCGUGUGGAGGUCUUGAAAAAUGGAGAAUGGGGCACAAUCUGUGAUGACAACUGGAAUCUGCUAGCAGCUACUGUGGUGUGUCGUGAGCUUGGAUUCGGAAGUGCCAAGGAGGCUCUUUCUGGAGGUCAGCUUGGACAAGGAAUGGGCCCUGUACAUAUGAAUGAAGUUCAGUGUUCUGGCUUCGAGAAGUCUGUCACUGAGUGCUCCUUCAAUAUGGAAAAAGACUCAGAAGGCUGCAGUCAUGAAGAAGACGCAGGCGUCAAGUGUAAUGUUCCUGCCAUGGGCUUCCAGCAGAGGCUUCGGUUGAGUGGAGGUCGUAACCCCUUUGAAGGCCGUGUUGAGGUUCUUGUGGAGCGUAAUGGUUCUCUGGUUUGGGGGACUGUGUGUGGUGAGGGCUGGACAACAAUGGAGGCCAUGGUGGUCUGCAGACAGCUGGGGCUGGGAUUCGCUAGCAAUGCUUUCCAGGAGACGUGGUACUGGCCCGGUGCAGUGAAUGCAGAUGCAGUGGUUAUGAGUGGAGUGAGGUGUGCAGGAACGGAAAUGUCUCUCUCCCACUGUCUGCAUCAUGGAGAAUAUCUCAGCUGUCCUAAAGGUGGAGGACGCUUCGCUGCUGGAGUUUCCUGCUCAGAGACUGCUCCAGAUCUGGUGCUAAACCCCCAGGUGGUGGAACAGACCACAUAUUUGGAGGACCGUCCUAUGUUCAUGUUACAGUGUGCCUAUGAGGAGAACUGCCUGGCCAGCACCUCCAGUGCCACUCCUGCCAACUCUCCUCGCCGGCUCCUCCGCUUCUCCUCCCAGAUCCACAACAAUGGACAAUCAGACUUCAGGCCCAAAAUCUCCAGAGAGAACUGGAUUUGGCAUGACUGUCACAGGCACUAUCAUAGCAUGGAAGUGUUCACCCAUUAUGACCUACUCAGCAUCAAUGGCACUAAGGUGGCAGAAGGACACAAAGCAAGCUUCUGUUUGGAGGACUCAGAAUGUGAUGAAGGAAUUGAGAAGAGGUACGAGUGUGCGAAUUUUGGCGAGCAGGGCAUCACAGUGGGCUGCUGGGAUACAUACAGACAUGACAUUGACUGCCAGUGGGUGGACAUUACAGAUGUUAAACCGGGAGACUACAUAUUCCAGAUCAUAAUUAAUCCCAAUUAUGAAGUUGCUGAGUCGGAUUACACCAAUAACAUUGUGAAGUGCAGAUGCCGAUAUGACGGUCACCGUAUAUGGAUGUAUAAUUGCCAUAUAGGAGGCUCCUUUAGUGCAGAGACAGAAGACACUUUCCCUGGCCUGAUCAACAACCAGGUGACCCACAGGUAAAAGAGGGGUUCAGAUGAACAUCCAGAAACCCCAACCAACCAAUGAGAUUAUCAAGAGGCCUGAACCACUACACCCCUCUGGAGGACCUUUUCACCUCUCAGCAGUAACUCCAUCGUACUGUAAGACAGAACUGAACAUCCCCAUUUCAAACGCAUUCCAGUUUCAAGACAGGAACUGACUCUUGUCUGAGAUUAACAGACUGAAAAGCUGUUGUUUUCCCUCUCACCCCUGAGGCAGUAACAAAUCUGAAAGCUUAGUCUUUCUGUUUUUGCUGCCGAUGUUGAAAAUGAAACUGUGGAUAACUCUCAAGUGAGAUCAUUUCUUACAUGAAAGGAACCCUGGUGCACUUUUAUAUAUAUAUAUAUAUAUAUGUGUGUGUAUUUUUGAACUUGACAGGACUUGUGGUUUAGGUCUUUUUGUAAGCGUUUUGACAAGGUAAGAGGACUUUCCUCAGGUGGGUCAUACAUCUAUAGAAAAAUAAAGGCCUGAAGAGACCAUUUCAUUUCCCUUUUUAGUCUCUUAUGUGUUUCAGCUCUAUACUUGGGCAUUUUGAAACCAAGCUGAUGACUUCCGCUUAUAGAUAAUAUUUGAAGUGCCUCAUGGGUUUGCAGUACAAACUGCUGAAACAUUAAGAUACAAUGAGCCCUUGAAUUUUAUUUCAUCUGUAUUUUUUAAAAGGAGUUUGUUCUUACAUUAUGAUUUGUAAUGCAGGAAUACUUUGAGUAGCCGGUUCAGAUCAGAAGUUCAUAAACACUGGCAUCCCAGGAGCAGGUUACUUUUAUUACAGUUUUCCCUGUUUCAUUAUUUGAAAUUGACUGGUGGUCAGUUGCUGUGGACAGUCAUUAUGAAUUAUUUAUGCCAUCCAUUCUGUACCUCUUAUGAAGCUGACUGAAAACAUCACAAGCAAGUGUUUAUAGCAAUUUAUCACACCAGUAUUAAAUAACUUAUUUAAAAACAGGGAUUUCUAAUGCUAUUUUUUUCAAUGUGGAAUGUUUUUCAUUUGUUGUCUGUCAAUGGUGCUAACAAAGUGUUAUCCUCUGUUUUUUGAGGGACCGUAUCAGCUAAUUUUAUAUAAAGCUUACUUGAAUGGAUGUAAAAAUCAUGGAUGUAUGCAAUGUAGCAUAAUAAACAUGCAUUAUUUGGCAAAGAAAAACAA